AGGGAGGGAGGGCCUGGGUGUGAGGCAGGUGCGGGAGACAUGGACUGAUUGGAGUGAGGUGAGGGAAAGUGGCCCCCUCUGGCUUACUUUGGAGGACUGCUGUGUCAGGAACAAAAAGGGAGCAAGCAUCUCUCUACCCCAUCAGGGAUCCAGAUGGCCCGUGAUUCCGCCGCAGGGAUCCCCUGGCCAUGGAGGCAUGGAGCUGAGUAUGAAGGGAAGGGGACCAGGGCCACCUUGGGGCACCACCCAGGAGUCAGUAACUUCAGAUCUUAAACAGUCCAUUCUCAUGAUUUAUACUUUCUCAAAGCCCAAACAGGACGGGCACGGCCACCGAUGGCCCUGCGCACCGCUCUGUGUCCCCUCCGGACUCAGACUCCGAGCCUUCCAAGGCGACGGGUCCCGCCGGAGGGACCCGGAGCCCCCCACCCGCCAGCCAGAGCGCUCCGCAGUGGCCUUGGGCAGCGCGGGCCGCACGUGCGUCCCGAGGGCGCGGCCGGGCUACGUGCGCCGGGGCCCCGCGCGUUCCCGGGAGCAGCCGGCCCACCGCGAGGGCGGGGGAGCGCCUCGGGCCGUACCACCCGCCCCGGCCGGCGGGGGAGCCGCCCCGCACGGCAGCAGCGCGGCGCCCGCAGGCCCCGCCCGGCAGGUGGCGGCCCCGCCCCGAGGCCGACGUGCGGAAAGGAACGCGCCGGCCGCGCCCGCGAGGGGCCGCGCGGCGGUGGGCGUGGCGUCCCGCCCACACCUCGCGCCCACUGGCUGCGGCGCAGUAGGGCGGGACCUGCCCGGCGGGCCAUUGGCUGCGAGACCCUCAUAUUUGCAUACGGGCCGGCGCGGGGCGCGGGCCGGGCGCCCCGCGCGGGGCGGGAGGGGGAGUCGGGGCCCAGCGGCGGCCGCCGAAUUCGGGCAGAGAGCUGGCGACGGUCCUGCGUCGGGGUUGCAGGUGCCAGGAUGUGCAGAGUUACCGGGACGGUCUUCUGAACGUUGCCAAGCUGAGGGCAGCCUUGGGCAGGCAACGGGUGUUGUGGUCAGACCUUUGGCACUCAGGACCGGAGCCCCCACUACUGGCCUCUUGAGGGCCAUCUCUGGGAACUUUCUUAAGGAAGAUGGUGCCAAAUUUGGCUUUUCUGUGCAUUUCUGCCUCUUAAACAAGGCCGCUAAAAGAGUUGGGAUGCGGAGGACCUGCUUGUGGUGACCAGCAACAUGCUCUCCCGGAGGUGGGGGUACCUGGCAGAGCCCCCAGCCCAUCUUCCAGGCCUGCUUUCUCUGCCGUGGGUUCUCAGUCCGCUGUGAAAACCUGCUGGUUGUGGGGCAUGCCCAGAGCAGUCUGCUGGUGUGCAGGUGCCAGGACACUUCCCGCAGGCCUGGUGUCCUCUCCCGGACAGUGGGGGUUGACAGCUGGAACUGGGUCUGUGAUUGCCAGAACAGCCUGAGGGAGAGGCGGGAUUAGUUGAGGACUGGCAUGGAGUUGGGCUCACUUUUGGAGGGACCCUGUCCUAAAGGUCACCGUGGCGUACCGAGUGUCACACCCAGCAGGUCUAGUAGGGCCGCGUUCUGCAGGUGACAGGGAGGCGUGCAUAGCCUUGGGGUUGAGAACCGGUGGAGCUGAUUGGCUGCCACAGGGCAAUGACUUGCUGUGGGUGACCCUUCAGUGAGCCCCGGUGUUCUCAGCCAACCCAAAAGGCCACUUUUGCACGGGGGGGGGGGGGGGGGAGCAAGAACCCUGAGGUCAGGAGGGGCUCCAGUGCCAGCCCCCAACACAGCCUGGCCCUCCAGAGACUCAUGAUGACGGCUGCCUGUGUACUCACACCAGGCUUGCCUGGGGAGCUGGCCUGGCCUGGACCUGCCCUGCCAUGGACUGAUGUGUGUGUUUGUGUGUGUGGGAGCUGGGCCUCUUCUUACCUCAACAGAACUCACAUCAUUGUUUUCAAAGUACAGUUUAAAGCUCAAAAGUAAACUUCAGCAACUCCAA